GAAAUUGCCGAAGCUGCCCGGAGACUGAUCCUCGCAGCAAGAGAGAUAUAAUUAGCCAAAGGUCUCCUUUUCCCCCACCUGUGGUGCAGGCAGGAGCCAGAGGGCCAAACCCGGAGCGCAUUGGGUGUGCGCCCCCGAGAUCCCCUUUGUUGGCGGGCUGGCACCUUCGCCUCUGGCGGCCUGGGAGGAAGUGAUAAGUGGCCAGAUUUUGGCGCCAGCACUGAGACGCCGCCAGCCGGGCCCGCGAGCAAGCGAGAAGAGCAGACCCCGCGGUAUCCAGCUCCUCGCACAGCGGCCCCGCCACAAAGGUAAAAGCUCUGCAAGUCUGCAAUAAAAAUGGCCUCCAAUAAAACUACAUUGCACAAAAUGGGAAAGAAACAGAAUGGCAAAGGUAAAAAAGUUGAAGAAGCAGAGCCUGAAGAAUUUGUUGUGGAGAAAGUCCUGGACAGACGUGUAGUGAAUGGGAAGGUUGAAUACUUCUUGAAAUGGAAAGGAUUUACAGAUGCUGACAACACAUGGGAGCCUGAAGAAAACUUAGAUUGUCCAGAGUUAAUUGAAGCCUUUCUGAACUCCCAGAAAGCUGGUAAAGAAAAAACAGAUGGUGGUAAAAGAAAAUCUUUAUCAGAUAGUGAAUCUGAUGACAGCAAAUCAAAGAAAAAGAGGGAUUCUGUUGAUAAACCAAGGGGAUUUGCAAGAGGUCUUGAUCCUGAGCGGAUAAUUGGGGCCACAGAUAGCAGCGGAGAACUUAUGUUUCUCAUGAAAUGGAAAGACUCGGAUGAGGCAGACUUGGUGCUGGCCAAAGAAGCUAACAUGAAAUGUCCUCAGAUUGUAAUUGCUUUUUAUGAAGAGCGACUAACUUGGCAUUCGUGUCCGGAAGAUGAAGCACAAUAAUCAUUUGCAUUGCUUUUUUAUAUAUAUAUAUGAAUAUUAAAACCUGGAUUUGGAUUUUAUUCUUUUGAUUUAUUAGCAAUGUGAGAAACCUCUACAUUCUAAUGAGAAUUGAGUUUGAUAUGUUUGUUUUUUGAAGUAGUGUGUUUUGCAUCAACAGCAAGUAAAUAAAGGCUUUCUGCAACUUGCUUCAUUAAUGAAAGGACAGCAUUUGAUACUAUUUCCUCCAUAUUAGGUAAAGGCUUUUUUAAACCUUCAUGAUCCUCCAUAGUUAUUACUGAAUCAUAACAAAUGUUUAAACAAACUCACAGAUGUUUUAUAGUCUUCUAUGCUAUUGAUGUGCAUGUAUCUUCUUUACCCCAACCUAGCCCCGUAACAUGUAGAACCAUUCUUUUUAGUCUUUGAGGUAAUUUAGUCCCAAAGAGGCCAGGUAAAAACUAACUUUGUAGUAAUUUGAAUGUUAUCAUACUGUAUAUUGUUUACUUUAUUGUAAAUACUGGUGAACGGUGGUCAAUAAAAUAGUUUUAUAUUCUUCCUUUA